AUGGAAGACGAAAGGGGAAGAGAUGUUAGAGUCCCUCUUAUAUCUUCCCUAUUCUGCCUAUUUGUAGUUACUGGUGGAGUCUUCCUUAUGCUCUACGUUUUUACACCACAAUUUUCCCAACCUUGGUUUCCCAUUGCUGCAUUGAUCCUAAUAGGCUCCCCAUGGUUGUUCUGGUUCCUAACCUACAUCUACACGUGCAUGAAAGUUUGUUUCCGUGGCAGCCGCGUCGAGGACCGCCAGAUUUCACGGCGUGGCAACCAUGGAAUGCAGAGGGCAACCACCAUGACCAACACAGCCACAACGAGCAAUGCCACGUUGAAUUCGCCUAACGACGCGGCAGUGGUGGUGGAAGAGGAGGAAAGUCGAGGCUAUGGACAUGGAGGAGGAGGAGGAGGAGAUUCAUCGGUUACAUCCUCAAGGGAAUCAUGUUCAUCAGAGGGAAUGGGAAUGAAAGCCGAUUUCCAAUGGACUCGAGGGAAAAUGCCAGAGAAAUUUGGGAAAUGGAUUGAGAAAUAUUACUUGCUGAGACAAACACAGAUGGUCAUGAUGAAUGAGGAUGAUGAAGCUACAUAUAAUUACUGA